AUGUGGCAGAAAAUAUGGUCGGCAGUAAGUGGUGAUCGCGACCGGGUUGCCCUGCUCGUGCUUAGAUGUGUCUUUCUUAGCGAUACGCUGCUGCGACAUCAGAAGGAUCACUCAGGAGAUGGUUCUGUAGCUGUCAUUGAAGACAAGCGUCGCUCCAGCAACCCAUUUGGAUCAGAAGAUGACCAGAGAUCUCUUUCCGCCAACCCAUUACCGCUUGAAGCCACGGCUAUCUUGCCAGAACAGCCCGAUCCCAUGCUGAUUUCCAAUAUCAGCCCGGCUCUGAACGUGACGGCCCCCGACUACCUCAAGGAUGGGAAAGAUUACCAAGAGGGCCAAAUGGCCAGCAAUGCCUCCACCGACGUCUACUCGAGUACAGUCACCUCUGACCAGUCAGGUGGCGGAUUUGACGCUUCGAUCGACGUCUUCAACUUUGAUUUCGAGGCUCAAUUUCCUUCGUGGCUGGUGGACAGCGACCUGCACGGCGGGAUUUUAGACACGCCUUUGGUCGCGACUAUGGCAGAACUGCGCCCAUCGUGGCCCGAAAGCCCCUACGCGACGUUCGGGUCGAGCAAUUACAGACCCGUCUCUAAUACGAAGAGGCUGUGGUUCAUGGCAAAUGAUGACGUGCAAGAUGAAAUGACGCGAUCUGGCCCUGCCACGCCUCCUGGGUCCCGCGACGAAGUCGAUGAUACAUAUCGUCAAACCUUAACGCAAAGUCUACAGAUCCGCCCUAUUCAGGAACAGACUCUUCCAUCGGCAGACUUUCUGAAUCUUUGCGUCAGAUCGUAUUUUGCACGGUUCCACCCCGUGUUCCCAGUGGUGCAUGCACCCACAUUUCGCCCGUCCAAGGCCAACUCCAUGGUCCUGUUGUCAAUUUGCUCAGUUGGCAGUCUCUUUACGGGCAGCGUACAUGCCAUUCGCCAGGGCGUCCAUAUAUUCGAAAGAUUGCACAAAGCUGUCCUUGCGAAUUGGGAUCGACUUGUUGCCCAAGGCGUAGAUCAAAGAAUCUCUCUCAUACAAACAGCUAUUAUUGGGCAAACCUUUGGUUUACUGUCUGGAGAACCAAGACAUCUUGCCAUUGUCGACGCAUUCAACGGGACGCUAAUUUCAUGGGCACGACGUUGGUCAACCUUCAAAACCAAGAAGAUGGUCGGACUUGAUCUCAAUAUCGGUCCGGCCGAACUAGACAAGAAAUGGAGAGAGUGGGCCAAGAAUGAAGAACUCAUCCGGAUUGCACUCAGUGUGCACAUCCACGACGCUGAACUUGCUGCUAUGUUCCAUCACGAACCAUUCCUGCGCCACAAUUCCAGGCAGCUACCAGUCGCCGCAUCGAAUCAGACAUUUAUGGCCACUCGACCCGAAGACUGGCGCCAGUCGUAUCUCAAUGACCCCAACAACUUCGAAAGCGUCAAUUCUACGCCUGCGUCUAUCGAUGCUCACCUGGAUUUCGACCUUGCCGCAAUCCCCAGCAAUAGCUAUUUCACCGCUUACACAGUUUUGGAAGGCAUAUGCGCAAACAUUGUUGAGAAUAGAUUCAAUGCUCGUUCAACACAAUCAAGGACGGAGGAGAUGUUGAACAUCUUAACGUCAUUUCACCGAAACUUUUUGCAAGAAUCAGCUGCCUGGGAAGCAGAUCACAUGGACAUGAGCAUACUCUGGCAUCUCGCCUUUAUGAUAAUGUUCGCCGAUUUCGAUCUCCUGGAGAGAGCAAUUGGGCGAGACGGCCCAGACCUGUCACCUGAGGAUCAGCUUGCCGUCACAGCUUGGGCAAACUCAGACCAGGCUAAACGAUGUGUCGUCCAUGGGUUGAUUGUGCAAAAGAAAUUGGAGAAUCUGCCCCUUGGCUUUGAGCCCGCCAUCCAUGUGCCCAGGGCCAUGUUCAGAGCGGGUAUUGCCUGGUUUUGCUAUACUCGCUUUGGAUCUCAGGGCGCCGGUCAACGCACAGCGGGAGCCGCCGAGACCCCAGAGUUUCCGGAAUUUAAGACCAUUGGCGUCAACCCUGCAUUGCUGCUUUUCCAGGCGAGCGGAUACAAGUACGGAAAGCCUACGACGACCGAGACCAAUGCAGCCCUCAGUGGACUGACAGAUCUCUUAAGACGCAUAGGGCAUUGGGAAAUUGCCAGAAGAUUUGCUGCCAUCCUCGGGGCUCUCUUACACAAUGAAGCCGACUAA